AUGAUUCAAACCGAUCGCCUGUAUUCCACCGAUGACCUCUAUAUCUUUCGGCAGCAAGACGAUGAGCCCCUAAGGGAAUAUGCGGCCAGGUUCAGCCACGAAUAUUCCCGAUGUCCAGAAACUGACGAUAGGGCAGCCUUCGAUGCCUUCAAAAGCGGCAUUCGGUCGUCUCAGUUUCGCUAUCUGGUCCACAGCAGCAACUGGACCACCUACGCCGAGCUGAUGAAGCAGGCAGCUAUCCACGCCAAGGCCGAAUAUUUCAACUCCAAGGGAUCGGCUUCGGCUACACCAAGCAAAACAACAACGGCCGAUCGGCCUUCGACACAGAGCCAUGACCAAUUUCCGACAAAUCAGACUGUCAGUCAGGCCCCCUACCGAACGGCACCCCCAGCCUCUGCUCCUUACGAGGCCCGAAACAAACGGAAAGACCACUUCCGGAAUCGGCAGGACAGCAGCAAAAGGGGCAAGGACUCCAGCAGGCGAAGCGACUUCGGAGAUCCGAAGAAGAAUCGGUCAGAGGAAAUUUUCACCUUACUCAACACCACUUACGAGCAUGUCCUCCUGACAGAAGGUGAGAUGAUCUCGAAGCCGAACAACCGAAAGCUUCCUCGGCGGAACGAGAAAGACACCGGUGUAUUCUGCCGAUACCACCAGUACAAUGGCCACGAUACAGAAUUGUGCAUCGCCCUUCGAAAGAUAGUCGAACGCCUCAUCAACGAAGGCAAGUUGGAUCAGUACCUAAACACCAAAACGGCUUCGGAUCAACCCUCGAAUCGGCAGAUUAAUAUGAUCAGUGGAGGGGCACCCAUCGCCGAAACCAGCAACCGAUCUGUCAAAAACUAUGUUCGUGCCGUUCGGCAUCCCCAGAUCCUCAGCGUAGAGGGAGGACGCAAUGACAAGACCCGGCGAAUCGGUUGGGAACCUAUUACCUUCUCUGAAGAGGAAGAACGAGGCGUCAUCUUCCCCCACUCCGAUCCCAUGAUCAUACGAGCUGAUAUUUCAGAUUUCGAUGUGGGCCGAAUCCUCAUUGACACCGGCAGUUCUGUCAAUGUACUAUUCAUCGACGCUUUUAAUGCCCUCGGCAUAGAUCCUCAGCAUCUGAACAAAGAUAUCACCCCCCCUCCUAAGCUUCUCUGGUGA